AGGGUGUGUCGACAAUGGUACUCUGUUUUACACGAUCCAUACCUGUAUCAACACAUUGUUCUUAAAGAUAUCGAAUUUAAACAACUUUUACUGUCUAUGAAAAAGCUAAUUCAUAUCUCACCUUUUAUAAAAUCUAUAACAAUGGAUGGUUGCUAUUCUGACUUUAUAAGGAGAACAAUUGUCUCAGUUCCCUUUUCAAACUCCAGUUGCGAUGCACCCCCAUUAUAUACACAUAUACGAAACCUUGAAGCGGAUCGAAGAAGACAAGAAUAUAAAAAGCAUAAUUAUAACUUACACCAAACAUUUUCAAAUUACUUUUCUCAGCUUAUGGCUCUCAAAGGAAGUACAAUAACAUCCCUUUGCAUUAUCAACUGUCGACUAGACUUUGAAUUGACUGAACUAUUUUGCAUCAUUAUUUGUGCUGGUUACAAAUUAACAAGUCUUUACUAUGAAAACAAUGACGAUCAGGGGAUUGAAUCUCCUCAGCUACUGCAAACAUUAGUAAUGUCCACUCCUAACAUGAGACAUUUUUGCGGCCGUCAUGCAGGAAUGAAUGAUGUAGUACUAGGAACAAUCAGCAGACGGUGGUUGUCGCUUGAAACACUCACACUUUACAAUUUGGGAAAAGAGGGCAGCUCUGAAGGGGACAGUAGAAAUACAUUGGCUAAUAUAUCACACCAAGCAUUUUUAGAGCUACUGUGCCAGUGUAAAGAACUCAAGUCUCUAGAACUUUAUGAUCUCGCUUGUAUCACCAAUAGGGAUUUGGCUUUAUAUAACAAAGAGAUAGAAAGACUGAAAUCAAAAUCCAAGACGAGAUUCCGACCCUAUCCAGAAAAAGAGGCUGAACGGAGACCAGGUGGCUCAGUUUGUCAAUUACGUGUUACAAAGUAUAAUUCAACACCCUUAUCCAUACCAGGUUUUCAUGAUCUGCUACGAUUAUUUCCAAAUUUGGUCAGACUGGAGUAUGUGACGAAUUUCAAUACGUUCUAUAAUCAAUUUGAAGGUGUUACUUUGGAACUAUUCGAAGCAGAGAAAGCGUCUGUAGAUUGUUUGAUGAAGUCAAAAUCGCUUAUUUAUGAAGGACGAUGGUACGAACCAAUGACAGCAGAACAAUAUCUUACAGCAGGGUUACUAAGAAGCCUUGGUGCUUACUAACCAU